UCUCUCCGUCUCGUCCUUCCUGUUUUAAAAUUUUAAUAUUAACAUGAGAUACAUGUGAUAGAGUACCAAUUUGAUGUUAAGGCACCAGGCUUGAAACCUGUGAGUUCUAAUUCUGUCUUUAGGCACAAAGCCAUUCUAGGUGACCUUGGGCCAGUCACUCUCCCUCAGCCCUAGGAAGGGGGCAAUGGUGAACCACUUCCAAAAUCUUGUCAAACUGCAGAGAUUUUGGAGAAUACUCCACUUCAACACUGAUUUGAAGGCACAAGACAAAACAAAAAUCCUGAUGUAUUUAAUAUAUGAUGGGGAUGAGAACUACUGCAAUCUUAUUUACAAGUUGUUAUUAAAGAAAAGGUUAAAUCUUGAUAAUCUUUAGAUUUCACAAGCAUUGGUUUCAGCAGUAGGCUAAAAGGCCCAGCUUCUCCAACAUACCACUGCAAUAGCCUAUAUGGCCUCUUUCUAAAGAAGAUGAAUUUCAACAAGAGUUGAAUUGCCACACAAUUUUGAAUCUAGGAAAGCAACCACACUGGAAGAAUUGUGGAAACCUUCUGGCAAUCCUCAUUUUUUGCUACAGGGCCAAAGUUCUCAAAACUCUAGAAUAUCAUGGCUUUCACCAAUGCAGAGAUGGAUGAUGCGUUUGACUACCUGUUCAAGAUCAUUCUGAUUGGAGACUCAAAUGUGGGGAAGACGUGUGUGGUUCAUCGCUUCAAGUCUGGACAAUACCAUAUGAAGCAGCAGAACACUAUUGGGGUUGACUUUACAGUGCGUUCCCUGGAAAUUGAUGGCAAGAAGGUGAAGAUACAAGUAUGGGAUACGGCAGGCCAAGAACGCUUCCGCACAAUAACUCAAAGUUAUUACCGCAGUGCCCAUGGCGCUAUUCUCGCCUACGAUAUAACCAAAAGAUCGACAUUUGAGUCUAUUCCUCAUUGGAUUUAUGAAAUUGAAAAAUUUGGCGCAGCAAAUUUGGUCCUAAUGUUGAUUGGGAACAAAUCAGACGAAUCAGAGAAACGGCAAGUCCUGUUUGAAGACGCUUGCACGUUGGCAGAGAAACACGGCCUUCUAGCUGUACUGGAGACCUCAGCCAAGGAGGCCCAAAAUAUUGACGAGGUUUUUAUCUUGAUGGCUAAGGAACUGAUGGCUAGGAAUACUUUACAACUUCAUGGGGAGAAUGGAUCUUCGCACAACAUCCAUCUGGACGCUAGGCCAGUGAUGGUUCCACAGACUGAGACAUCCAACUGUUCAUGUUGAUCAAGAGCUAUGUAUCCCAUCGCUCUCUUCCAUUACAAGAAUCUCCAGGUAUCAUUCCACCAUACCAUCCUGAUGCCAUGCCAUCGUUGCUGAAAUGUCGUUCUUUGGAAAUAGGCAGCUUCUUGUUUCCACUGAUCAGCAAUAAACACUGGAUGAAGGACUUUUUUUUUUGGCAGACAUGAGCUGAUACAGAGAAGAUUGUCUGUGAAUACUUCUGAUAAGCUUCUAUCAGCCUUUGGCUGCUUUUCACUAGUUAGCUAUGAAAAAAAAUGGUGAGUUUCUUGUACUGUACAUACUGUGUUUAGUUCAGGGAUGAGAGAGUUGUUGGUAGCAAUCAAGUCAAAUUAUUGUAGGUAAAUACUGAUUUUUUUAAAAAAGAAAUCGAAAUCUGAACAAGUACAAAAACAAGUUCUGCAGGGUUUUUCUGCCUAUCUAAGAAAUGCCUCUGUCUAGUCAGUUUCCUAUCUCGGAUUACUAUAACAAUGUGUGUUUAAAUUGAUGUUUAACAAGGUAAUCUUAUUUAGUUUGUAUUUUGGCUUCCUUAACUGUUUGAUUUUGUGCAGCCCACCGAUUACCAGGGAAUGAUUGUGAUGGUCAAGCGAUAUACCUAAAAGAGUGCAUGGAGAAUAUCCUGUAAUGAAAUUAAAUGUUGAUUUCAGUUA